UUUUUCUCAUCUUCUUCUUCAUUCUCCCAAAGUUUCCACCGCGCAACCUUCGUUCUCACUUCUCCGGUUCUCCCCCAAAUUUCCGCCUCUAUGCUCUGUUUUCAUUCUUCUUUCUCCGCCUACUGUAAAAAUCCUAUAAUCUCCUCUUUGUUACAUCUAUUUCUCAUAACUUCAUCCUGAGGCAAGGGAUUUAAGGUUUUGGGACAGAAUCGACAGAUUCAAUACUUCCGGUUCUACAAAGGUUGCUCAGCCGAAGCCAUGGCGAUGUGAGCUCGGGAGCACUAAAGGAGAUUGCUCGACGGUGAGGUUGGUCGGCGGUUUUUUCAGAGGUUGGUGACGUUGGUCGGCGGUUUCUUCAGAGGUUGAUCGGCGGUUUCUUCAGAGAUUGGUGGGCGGUUUCUUCAGAGGUUGGUCGGCGGUUUCUUCUCUCUUCUCUCUUCUCUCUUGUCCCUUCUGUGAUACUCCGGUGACACAGGAAGGGCCGAAGGGUUCCUCUUCUCUGCCGGUUGCAGCUAGCCGACCUUACAUGCCACAUGGGGCUUUGAACUACAAUUAAGAGAGAGAGAGAGAGAGAGAGAGAGAGAAUGAGUACUGUUCAAAGCUAGUUUUAACUGCAUGAAGACUUCAGAAGCACUUUUAAGAAGAUGCUAUUGCUUCAUUGAUACAUACCAUCUGCAAAGGAGUGCCCUCUUCUGUUACGCCUUCCAAAUGGAAAGAUGUCAAUGACCAAUGGAUUUAUAUCUCCUAUGUGGGGAGGUGUUAUCAUCUGGAACUCCCCGAGCUGUUUAAGGGAUUCCAAAAAUAAACUUCCCACCGUGCAUACAUUGUCUUCACAGGCCGUGGGAUUCUUCCUCUUGCCGAAAAGGGAACUCAUCACUUAGUUGUUGCUGGAACGGUUUUUCAGUUGAUACAUGAUCGUAUCAAAGUUCCAGUCUUUCUGUCCCAUUUGUGGUAAUGGCGGAUUCUGGUGAGCCUCAACCUCAACCCUCUGAACAAGUCUGCAGUUUCUUCAGAAAACCCUCAAAAAACAAAAACAUCAGAAAGAGAACAAUAAACGAUGAUGACGAUGAAGAAGAAAAUUUAGAAGGUGAGAGUUUUAUCAACAAGCAGAAGAAGAUUCCAAAGGUUGACAAUAAACUCCACUUUUCGACCGAGUCUUCAAAGCGAUCAAUAUCGGUUGAAUCAAAGAAAGAGCAUGACACUCCUAUCUUCCAGUUUGAGUCUUCAAAGGAAAUUCAAGUUCAAAAUGAUAGUCGGGCCACAGCAACCUUAGAAACUGAGACCGAGUUCUCAAAAGAUGCACGAGCACUCCGAGAGAAAGUUCUUAAGCAAGCAGAAGAAGCUCUAAAAGGGAAACACAAACCUUCUGGGGAUGAGAAGUUGUACAAGGGUAUUCAUGGAUAUACUGAUUACAAGGCUGGCUUCCGAAGAGAACACACUGUCUCUGGAGAGAAGGCUAGUGGAGCUCAUGGCCCUCUGAGGGCAUCUGCUCAUAUUAGGUCUUCAGCAAGGUUUGAUUAUCAACCAGAUAUUUGUAAGGAUUACAAGGAGACUGGUUACUGUGGCUUUGGAGACGCAUGUAAGUUUAUGCAUGAUAGAGGAGAUUAUAAGUCCGGAUGGCAGAUGGAGAAAGAAUGGGAAGAAGCUGAGAAGGAAAGGAAAAGGAAUUUAGCUAUGGGAGGGGAUGGCGCCGAUGAUGAAGGAGGAGGGGAUUUGAGUGAAGAUGAGGACGAUUCAUUGCCAUUUGCAUGUUUCAUUUGUAGGCAGCCAUUUGUGGAUCCUGUAGUCACCAAGUGCAAGCAUUAUUUCUGUGAGCAUUGUGCUUUGAAGCAUCAUUCAAGGAACAAGAAGUGCUUCGUGUGCAACACACCAACUCUUGGGAUCUUCAACACGGCUCAUGAGAUAAGGAAAAAGAUGGCAGCAGAGGGGAAAUGAUGGGUAUCGGACCAGUUGCCUUGUUACUUGGGUCCUGCUGGUUCAGUUUUUUGAUGUUCCCCAGUCCUCCAAGUAUUGAACCAGUGAGCAUGUUGUAAAUCAGUUCCAACAUAAUUGGACUUUCCCAUAUUCCCCAUUUCUGGGAGUAUGUUCAACCGGUGAACGUGUUGUAGCAUGGAGCUAACAAAUUCAGAUUUUUCACAUUCCCAAUUCUUGCAGGUAAUGAACCAGAGCCUGUUGAGUCCUAGGCACGACCAAUUGAGAUUUUCAAGUUUCAUCGUUUUUGAGGUAUUGAGCCAUUGAUACUAUUACCAAAGAGGGAGAAUGAUGAGGAUGUUCAACUUACCUAUAGCAUGAGGGAUUUCCCCAUUGUAAUCAAGCUCAUAAGAAGAGAGGUUUGUCCAGCUGGAGAAUAGAGGCUCAUGGAGUUGACCACUUGCAUUAUUGUUAGAAAUGUCGAGGUCAGAUAAUCUAGCGAACUUAGCUAGUGAAGAAGGCAGUUUGCCAAAAAAUAAUUAUGUGAUAAUACCAAAUUUUCCUGGUGGUGAUGAUUUAGACACUUCCACUAUCGAUGAGGGCUAAUACUAGUUGUAAAAGAUACGUACAUGCCUUUGAAUAAGUAUCUGUAUUUCCAAUACAAAUACAAUAGAGGAUGCCAAGGAAAAUUUGAUACUGUUUGGUUUAA